AUGGGAUGCGAAGUCAUGCUCGGAUUGGUGUUUGCUAGACCUCAAAGUUGUGGACGAAAAAAGAAUGGAAGCCGAAAGAAAAUGGCACUUUCCCACAAAACUGUUACCCAAGCAUAUAACAGGAUCGUUAAGCCUCAAGCCUUCAAACAAGGAGAUCUCGUGCUAAAAGUUGUCGAGCAUGUGAGAAGACAAGUGUCGGGGCCUUCCAAGUUUGCUCCGCAAUGGGAAGGUCCAUUUGCAGUCAAGAAAGUGCAUAACAGUGGCUAUUAUCGCUUGAUCUCCGUCAAGGAAGGCAUGCUAACGGAUCCCAUUAAUGGAAAGUAG